GCAGGCUGCUGUGGGAGGCGGUGGCGGUAGGAAGCCAGAGACAGCGGGUUGACAGAAUUGGAAACUGUUUAUGUCCCAACAAAUGAAUUCCACACGUGAAAUCUGCCACAUUCCUGUGCCACCUCCUCCUUUAGAAAACUGAUCUUUAAACAAAGGUAAAAGAAAAAUAGAACAUAAAAAAAGAUGCUGGGAUCUGAACGUGGUGUUGUGGAAGAAUGGUUAUCAGAAUUCAAGGCAUUACCUGACACUCAGAUCACCAGUUAUGCAGCAACUUUACACCGGAAAAAAACAUUGGUACCAGCCCUCUACAAAGUUAUUCAAGAUUCAAAUAAUGAGCUCCUGGAGCCCGUUUGCCACCAGCUCUUUGAGCUCUAUCGUAGCUCUGAAGUUCGACUCAAGAGAUUCACGCUGCAAUUUUUGCCAGAAUUGAUAUGGGUUUAUUUACGGCUUACAGUUAGCCGAGACAGACAAAGUAAUGGUUGUAUUGAAGCACUUCUUUUAGGAAUUUACAAUCUGGAAAUUGCUGACAAAGAUGGAAACAAUAAAGUUCUGUCUUUUACUAUUCCUUCCUUAUCGAAGCCUUCUAUAUACCAUGAGCCAUCAACAAUUGGAUCCAUGGCUUUGACAGAAGGAGCGUUGUGUCAACAUGAUCUUAUCAGGGUUGUGUAUAGUGAUCUCCAUCCUCAGAGGGAAACAUUCACUGCACAGAACCGGUUUGAAGUUCUGAGCUUUCUCAUGUUGUGCUAUAAUUCUGCUAUUGUAUACAUGCCUGCCUCAUCUUACCAGUCUCUUUGUCGAAUGGGCUCCAGGGUUUGUGUUAGUGGGUUUCCCCGGCAACAUGAAAAACAAUGGAAAGAACUCUGUGGUCGAAUAGUAUUGGAUCCUGAAUUUAUGGUGCAGCUUCUCACAGGGGUCUAUUAUGCCAUGUAUAAUGGACAGUGGGAUCUUGGCCAGGAAGUCCUAGAUGAUAUCAUUUACAGAGCUCAACUAGAACUCUUUUCUCAACCUCUAUUGGUUGCCAAUGCCAUGAAAAACUCAUUACCAUUUGAUGCUCCUGAUUCUUCACAAGAAGGCCAGAAAGUACUUAAAGUAGAAGUCACUCCAACAGUGCCGAGGAUUUCUCGUACUGCGAUUACUACAGCUUCAAUACGUCGUCAUAGAUGGAGGAGAGAAGGUGCUGAGGAUGUAAAUGGAGGAGAGGAAUCUAUAAACUUGAAUGAUGCAGAUGAAGGAUUUUCAUCGGGGGCUUCCCUCAGUAGUCAGCCAGUUGGAACCAAACCAUCAUCCUCUUCUCUGAGGGGAAGCCUAAGGAAAGUAGCAACUGGUCGUUCAGCCAAGGAUAAAGAAACAGCCUCUGCAAACAAAACCAGUGAGAGCCCUCGAGAUGCCGUACUUCGCAAGCAGUAUGUACAGCAACCUUCUGAUCUGAGUGUAGAUUCAGUUGAGCUGACACCGAUGAAGAAACACCUGAGCCUGCCUGCUGGCCAGGUGGUGCCAAAAACCAAUAGUUUAAGUCUAAUCCGGACAGCUAGUGCUUCCUCAAGUAAAUCAUUUGACUAUGUAAAUGGCAGUCAAGCAAGUACCAGCAUUGGAGUUGGCCCUGAGGGAGUUACUAAUUUAGCUGCUAACAAUACCAACCGUUAUUCAACUAUCAGUCUGCAGGACGACCGGCUAGGUCAAGCUGGAGAAGGUAAAGAGCUCCUCAGCCCAGGAGCUCCCUUAACAAAGCAGUCUCGAUCCCCAAGUUUCAAUAUGCAGCUAAUAUCCCAGGUGUAG